AUGGCCUUCUACGAUGUACAACUACAAAACUACCCAGGAAUUGAUGCUACACUUCCAUCCGACGACAUCUAUCGAGAAAUCAUGGAUAUGGGUGUAAAAUUGAAAGUAUAUUUGUAUACCCUGCCCAGAGAGGAACUCCAUAUCCAUCUUCAUAAUACGAUGCAAUUGCUGAAAAAAUGGAAAAACUCAUCAGCUAUAGAGAAAAUCACGGAUGUCAGAGGAUUAAUUGACGCCGAGAUAAAUCAACGAAUUAUAAGAGCAUAUGACACUGUUGAAGAAAUUUACAAACAAUUAUGUGUGCCAAUGACGUUAGAAGAGUCUCUCGACUACUUGGAAAACCAACUAGCCUUUGAUCCGCCAUUAGAAUUUCAGACCACAGAGGAAGUAGUAAACUAUAUCGAACAGCUUAAAUUACAACUGGAUUACAACUUUGACAACACCUUGGAAGAGCAGCAACAAUUGAUGAGAUUAUUUCACGCGGCUACUUUGUAA